AUGCUUCAAACCCGAAUUGCCCUCCGGGGCAUUCGGCUACCCUUUCGGUGUCUACCCUCUUUACCUUCACCCAUUCGUGGUUACUCGACAAUCGUGAGCGAAAUUGAAAAGCCCAAGCCAAUUGAAACUCCUCUCAGCUCUUUCAUCGACCCCAACACUUCAUUUGCUCCUCCCCCAAGCCGUGACUCUGGCGUGAGACUGCGCACCUACACUCCACGCACCCCCGGUGUGAGACACUUGCGGCGGCCGAUCAACGACCAUCUGUGGAAAGGUCGUCCGGUCCACAAAUUGACCUUCCCUAAGCGUGGUCACGCCAAGGGUGGUCGAAACAAUUCUGGUAGAGUUACCGUCAGGCAUCAUGGAGGUGGUGCCAAGCGUCGAAUUCGUACCGUCGAUUUCCUGCGCAUGGCUCCCGGGCCACACACUGUGGAGCGCAUCGAGUAUGACCCUGGACGUACCGCACACAUCGCUCUGGUUGCUAGUAAAGAGAGUGGAAAACUGAGCUAUAUCCUCGCGGCGGAUGGGAUGCGCGCCGGCGACGUGGUCCAGAGUUAUAUGUCUGGAAUUCCCGAAGAUCUAUGGAAGAGCAUGGGUGGCACAGUCGAUCCCGGUGUGCUCGCCGCUAGAACUGCCUGGAGAGGCAACUGUCUACCAUUGCAUAUGAUUCCCGUGGGUACAUUGAUCUUCAACCUGGGAUUGCGACCCGGAAAGGGUGGCCAACUUUGCCGUAGCGCUGGAACCUAUGCCGCAGUUGUUGCCAAGGGUAGUGACUCGCGCCAAGAAACAAUCCAGGAUGCAGAGCCCCAGGCCGAAAAGAAGCCCUUGACCCAGCGUGAGAAGCAGAAGCAGGAGCGUCUGGCCCAGCACAUCACGGUCCGCCUCUCAAGUGGUGAGGUCCGACUCAUUCACAAGGACUGCUGUGCUACCAUCGGUAUCACCAGCAACCCGAACUACCACUACACCCAGCUCGGAAAGGCUGGUCGCUCGCGCUGGCGCAACAUUCGCCCGACGGUUCGUGGUCUGGCCAUGAACGCCAUGGACCACCCUCACGGUGGUGGACGUGGUAAGUCUAAGGGUAACAUUGACCCAAAGAGUCCUUGGGGUAUUCCGACCAAAUCCGGCUACAAGACCCGCCCCAAGUGGAAGAUCAACAAGGCUGUUGUUCACGCCAGACCUCGCAACCAAGGACAGCGCCGUCGUGGUUACAAUUAG